ACGUCCCUACUGUUUUUAUGUAUACGUUGGCGUCAAACGAAAAAAGUAAUUUUGCAAAAAAGAAGUGCUAAAGUGCUGAAAAUUGGCAACCGCAAACAUAGAGAAGAUAAGCAGAAAAACCAUGUCAGACUAUCGCUCCCAAUCUCGAGGCGGCGGACGUGGCCAAGAGUACUCCAACGAUGACGAUCCGCCGAUGUCCCGCCUGUUCAUCAUUUGCAACAAAGGCCACACAGAAGAGGAUUUCCGCGAGGCAUUCUCGCCAUACGGCGAAAUUGAGGACAUCUGGGUGGUAAAGGACAAACACACCCAGGAAAACAAGGGCAUUGCCUACGUCAAGUUCUCCAAGACAUCCGAUGCGGCCAAAGCCCAGGAAGAGAUGAACGGCAAGACAAUUGGCAAGAUGGACCGUACGCUCAAGGUUCUGGUGGCAGCAAAUCGCAACCAGGGCUCGAAUAAGUCUGAAAACGAGCAAGAGAAGUACGUGAGACUGUUCAUUGUGAUUCCCAAGACGGCCACCGAGGACGAUAUACGCGACGAAUUUGCCCAGUGGGGUGAGGUGGAAUCGGUGACCAUUGUCAAGGAGAAGAACAACGGCAACCCCAAGGGCUUUGGCUAUGUGCGCUUCACCAAAUUCUAUUAUGCCGCUGUGGCCUUUGAGAGCUGCUCGGCCAAGUACAAGGCUGUGUUCGCCGAGCCCAAAGGCUCUACGCGGACGCAACGCGAUCAAUACGGUCGUCCUGCUGAUGACAAUCCCCUGUACAGCGGAUCUGGACGCGGCGGUAGCUCUAGCUUUAAUGGCGGCGCCGGCAGUGGUGGAGGUGGCGGCAGCGGCGGCAACAGCUUCAACAACGACUGGAAUGUAUCGGUCAACAAUGACAUGUCGGCCUUUUUGCGCAUGCAGAAUGUGCCGGUGGCCCAGCCAUCGUGUCUUGAGGUGACCGUGAGCAAUUGCGUUAACCAGGACCAGCUGUGGCGCCUUUUCGACAUCAUUCCCGGCCUCGACUACUGCCAAAUUAUGCGCGAACAUGGUCCCCGCACCAAUGAGGCUCUUGUGGUCUACGAUAAUCCCGAGGCAGCGAUAUAUGCCAAGGACAAACUUCAUGGACUGGAAUAUCCCAUGGGCGAGCGCAUUAUUGUUAAAGUCAAUGGCAUGAGCUCGGCUAGAAUGGACACCUCCUUUAUAGACAAGCGCACCAAAAAGGAUGCCAUCUGCAAUGUGCCUUUGCCACCCACACAGCCUCUUGCCUCGCCCGAUGAACAGGUUGCUCAGCGACUGUUUAUUGUUCUCUCAGCUAAUUUGCCACACUCGAUUUUGAAGAAUAUAUUCUCCUGCUGGAGGGGCCUCAUUGAUGUCUACCUGCUGCCCAACAAGAACUGCGGUUAUGUCAAGUACUCGGACAGCGAGAGCGCCCAAGAAGCCAUACAUGUGCUCAAUGGAGCCGAGAUUUGUGGCACUAAAAUAAAGGUAAUGGAGGCUGAGGAGCGCAGUGGCUCCGAUGGCGACGACGGAGGACGCAAGCGGCUAAGGCGGAACUGAGUGACCCACUGACAACAACAACAAAGAACUAACAGAGAACGCUAAGUACGAGUACGAAACUAACUUGAGAGAACAAAAACAGUCCAAUAAAAACAGUUCAACUGACCGCAACAGCAACUAAAAACCAAACAACAACAAAAACAACCACCCAAAAAAAAAAAACACUCUAAACGGAAUGCCACAAAAAACUUCGCUGACAUUGGACGAAGCCGGAGAACGAAGAACGCAACGGAGACAGGAGACCGGAAACGGAGACCGGUGACCAGCGACCAGCGACCGGAGAACAUUUAGCCCCGUAACCGUACUCGUACCAUUGACUUACUCAAGUGGGCUCGUAGCCAGACCCCUCUUAAUGACCUUUAAACGAAGCCAACGAAACCGCAAUGCUUGCUCUAUGACGUACUCAUAUUUAUAGCAAAAACCGAUGAUAUAUAGAGGAGACUUUACUGUGUUUACCCACUAUUAUUAUUAUUAUUUACUAACGUAUUCCGACAAGAUCCAGCUAAGCAAUGAAUUUUAUGUGUAAUGAGUGUCUCAAGAAUAACCUCACGAACUAGCCGUGCAUACAUUAAAAAAACAUAUAUUUUUACAUAUAUGGAAAAUAAUAUUUAAAUGAUAAUUUACCUUGUAAGCUCUGAAAUUCAUAUAUACAUAUAUAUAUACAUAAAAAUAAAUGGUUGAAAGCCCAAAUAUAUGAAUGGAAA